AUGGUUGGUGCCAGAACAGAGCUUGACCAUGAGCUGAUUAAGUUUGCUCGGGCGAAUAUCAAGAAUAUUCCUGACACUCCCGAGUACGAGAAGAUGAUAUCUGGUGUUUUGUACGACGCAAAUGCUUCACCUUUGCCAGAGGGCCGCGCCUCGUCCACGGACUACUGCUACGAUCUUUCCAACGUCAAGUUCAGAGAUUACGGUUCCAUAGAGGAGUUUGAGAAUGCCAAAACCAAGAUCGUUAGGAAUCUAUUUGCCAAAUGUGGAGAGCACUCAGUGGUUGAACCACCUUUUAGUUGCGACUAUGGGUAUAAUAUCAUUGUGGGAGACAAUUUCUACGUAAACUACAACGCUUCAUUUGUGGAUGCCUCGCUCAUUAUUAUUGGCAACAAUUGCAUGUUCGGCCCGAAUGUAUCGCUUGUUACAGCAACUCAUCCACUCGAUGUGAACUCCCGCUUAGCAGGCGAGGAGUACGCCUUGCCGAUUAGGAUUGGAGACAAUUGCUGGCUGGGAGCAAAUGUGACCAUCCUUCCAGGAGUGACGUUGGGCGACAACGUUGUGGUUGGUGCAGGCGCCACCGUUACGAAGGAUGUGGAAACAAUUGUUACAGGGUCAUCUCGCGGAAUUGGCAAGGAGAUUGCCCUUUAUCUCGGAAAGUUUGGAUGCAAUGUGGUAGUGAAUUACUCUAACAGCGAGGAUGCUGCUUUAAGCGUGGCUGACCAGAUAAACAACUCAGGUGGAUCGGCCGUUGUUUGCCAAGCCAGUGUGGACGAUCUGAGCUCCCACCAGCGACUGGUCGACGCUGGCCUAUCGUUUAAUACCGGCGAGAUUAAUAUCCUCGUUCAUAAUGCUGGUGUUGGCGAUGAUGGAUAUCUCGAAACUCUCACCGAGUCGGUCUUCGAUAAUCGGAUUGGAGUCAACCUGAAGGGCCCUGUGUUUCUCACACAAAAGGUUCUUCCCCAUUUCACUCGUAAUAACGGCCGCAUUGUGUUUCUCUCUUCGAUCUGUGCAAGAAUGGGAUACGAGGAAAUGGGUGUUUACUCGGCAACAAAAGCAGCAGUUGAAGGACUCAUGAGAGUGUGGUCUUUGGAGCUCGGACGAAAAUACCACUGUACAGUGAAUGCUGUCAAUCCGGGACCUGUCAAAACAGACAUGUUAAUGGAAAGCACCCCAGAAGCCAUGAAGGCUUUGGAAGAUGUUGCUAAUGCAACUCCUGCUGCACCCAGAAUAGGCCUCCCUACUGACAUUGCGCCGCUGGUUGGUUUCCUUUGUAGCGAUGAGGCCUCGUGGACUACUGGAUCUGUUCUCAAUGCUAAUGGAGGAGUGGUCCCUCUCACGAAUCAAACAUGUUGUUCUACUUACUCUAAUCCUUUCACAAUCAUGAGGACAUCACCCGGGUUGACAACAUCACCUUCUUCCACAAUUACAGCCAAAAUCUCAUACUUGUCUGAGCUGGAUUUAUCUUUCAACUUGACGGGUAUCUCCAUCUUCAUGGCUUCCAAAAUAAUGAGAACGUCAUCCUUGGUGAUCGUGUCGCCAGCUUGGUACUUGAUCUUGAACACGUUGGAUGGCAUGUGA